AUGCCUGCUGUAACUUCAACUACUGUCGAAGAACAGAAUGAUGCAGACCAGAAAAUGUGGAAUGCUCUUAAACGCUACAUUAUACGCGAAAGACAGAGAAAAAAAGAAGAAUACGAGGCUGAGGUUGAAGAAGAAAGAUUGAGAAAAGAACGUGAGGCAAGGGAAAGGCAGGAUGUAAUGACCUUGGAGGAAACUAAAGAACAAAUAGACCAGUUGGAACAGAAAUUGAAACAGUUGGAAAAAGAAAAGCAACAGUUAUUCAUGCAGCUCAAGAAAGUUCUUAAUGAAGAUGAGAUUAGAAAGAGACAACAACAGAAGGAAUCCAAUGAUAUGCCGCCUAUGAAGAUUCCAAUGGGAAACAUUCAAAUACCGAUGUUCCCUAUGUCAUCAUCCACGGGGCAGGGUGAACCACCGCCAUCACAAGGCAGGCCGCCAGCUAUGUCUUCUCAUAUUCUUAAUAAGAAUAAGCACUCAAACUACAUGUUGUUUCCGCAACAGCAGACUAUUGUCCGUGGUCCAAUACAGUCUGGUGUAAAGCGACCGCGCAGCCCGUCCCCGACUUACGCACUAUAUACACAGAGAAUACAUCCGCCGCCUAUGAAGCAUCAACCAGUAUAUUCCGACCAUAAGGUAGAAGACGGCCGCAUGGGCCGUCAAAUGGCCCGCGCAGUGCUUUGGAACAAACCGUCCCAAUACGCGUCGAACGUCGGCGGAUCGCCAGUGUCUUCGGGGUCGUAUUACGCGAUGCCCACAUCUGGCGUUGUAGGCGUGGUUGGUGAGCGACCGCCCACGCUAUUGUACCCGCAUCACGCACACACGCCGCACACGCCGCACACUCCACAUCAUACAAACUUGAUGUACGCGCCGGCACCGCAACCGCAGCUGUAUAUCGACAUAUUGAAAAACAGAGAAGGACCGCAACAUCAGGAGCCGAAGAAAGAAGCCCAGCCCCCACAGGUUUUGAUUGGGCUGAGUGAAGCGCAUCAUCCUUCAGUGAGUAGCGGCGUGGUGUAUGCACAGCCGCCGGUCAGCCGCCAUAUUGCUAUACACCCCCCGCCACAACACAACAAUAUGCAGACGGCGAAACCUGGCAGUAUAACUCAAGGGUACCCAGUACAACAGUCGAACCCUAAUGUACAGAACCCCAAUCUGUAUCCGAAUCGUCAUCGGUAUUAG